GGGACAUUUAUAUGAAAUAGACUUGCCUUCCUUUAACCAGCAGUUAUCUCAUUUGCUUCUCGAUUUUUGCCUUCUAGUGUAUCGUGAGAUGUCCGCGUCUAAGACACUCCUACGUAUACUAACAGGUAUUGUACAUACUUCUAUAAAAGUACCCAAGUAUCGUGUAUACAUACAUUAGAUUACGGACCCCACACUUGAUCUAGUUAAUCAUCCUUCACUCCACCACUUACAACCAUUUACACGAAGCGACGCGGGAAAGCCAUCUUCACCUAUACACCUAACUAAACCUAGCUUCAAUUUUGGCUUCUUUUUGUCAUAUUAUUUUUUUUAUUAUACCUUUUCCUUUACUCUUUUUUCCCCUCAUCUUUUUCUUUCGGCUUCCCUUCCUCCCCUUUUGUCCUUCUCGUGGCUGGCUGGACUCGAAGAGAUUCGCGUCGAAUAGUCCUGAGUCAGCCCUUUCGCAUUUUCCCGGACGGGCGAGCUGGGCGAAAGCGUGUCUCGCUCCACCCGUCUUCCUCGUCCACUGUGCGCCAGGCAAUCAAAGGAGACGUCUUUACACUACUGCCCUUAUCUUGGCGACCCCUUAAUCCAGCAUGCUGAUCUCUCAGCUCAACACGCGCAACGAAGCGAUCAUUAGCCAUCGUCAUGGCUGAAUUCUGUCACCCUGCCGCGGCUGCCGCUGCCGACGACCGCGAAGACGUCGAUCUGUCCGCCGAAUCCCAAGAACCAGGACCUCUGAAGUGCUGCUGUGGGUCUGUGGAGUGCAUCUUUCUAAGACAUAAUUAUUCUGUUCUUGCUAGUGUCGAGAAAGAUGUCCACAAUGCUGCCCGGAUGGGCCAGGCCUUGCUCGUCCGCCACGAAGCUUACAUGGCGGAUGCGGAACGAGAUCGUGCUGAGCUCGCUGCUCGGAUUGAGCAGUUAGAAUUUGAUAACAAGGAGUUGGAGGCCAAGAAUGCAAAGACGAUUGAGGAUAACAGAAACUUACUGGAUCAGCUCGAGGCGCUCAACAACACAGUCAUCGAUUCUGAAAGUCACAUUAGAUCCCUUGAGGCCUCCGUCCUUUCCUCGCAACAGUCGGUUCGUAGGCUCGAGGGCGAAACGGCGCGUGCUGCUGCAUUAGAGCGUCAGCUUCUAGCCUUAGAGCAAGAGCAGGCUGAAUUGCAGAGUCAUCUGAGUUCCUCUCGUGAAGAGGCUAAGUCUGCCAUAUCGAGAUGGAAGCGAGCCGAAAGGGGUAUUAGUGACUUACAAGAACAGCUCGAGCGAAUGGAAAGGGAAACGCAAGAAGAGAGAGAAUACCACGUCGAAAUGAUAAGCAGAGUAGAAAGACAGCGUGAGAUGGAAAAGGAGUUGAAUACUGCUGCUGGCCGACUAAAGGGAGCAGCAGCAGCCAAGUCGCUCGAUCGUGUCAGUGGAGGAGGCAGCAAUGCCGUAUCGCACUUUGUCCGUGAUCUCCUCCAAGACAAUGCCAACCUGCAAUAUGGUAUCGCCGAGUUGCGGGAGAUGCUUAUGAACUCCAACGACGAGAUCCAGGCUUUGCGCGACCAGCUCAUGUACCACCAGCCCUUGGGAGACGAACUAGCUAAUGCUGCUUCCACGCUUAGCGCGGAGCUCGAGUCUGAAAAGGAGUCGCCUGAAAGGAUACCUCCUAAGACUCCACAUGAGCUUCAUAUUCACCACCAUUUCCAUUUGCCGAAACCGAAACAGGAAAUGAAAAAGCCGCGGAAAAAACGACAAGGAGUUACACCUGGGGUAUUUACGCCACCUGGAAGUACAGUCCCAAGCACGCCUCCAAGUGGUCCUACGCGACCACAGCUUGGUUCGCAUACGCAUAGAGAUUCGCUCCUCUCCAAUUGUUGGUCAACAUAUUCAGACCAACGGUCUGAUUUUGCACUCUCAUCCGUUCCGAGCACGCCUGUAUCAAACCGCCGAAAUUCGCUUUUCGAUCACCAUACAAUAGACUCAUUCCCUACUUCACCCACGACUAGUAUCGACCCAUUAUCUCCCACGUGGCAUGCUACUCAUCAGAAGCAGCUGUCGAACGUAUCUUCACGAAGUUUUCGAUUCUCAACAACAUCAGCUUUGGUACAACCAUUCGUUACCGACACUCAUCCGAUUGUCGAAGAAUCUGACGAUGGGGAUAACCCUCCAGAUCUAACCUCGGCCACCGACGAGUCUACCGUAGAAGACGCAGUUUCUUCUAGGGACCAAGACGCUACGAUCGAUGAUGUUUCUGCCGUAGAUGAGUCGGGUAAUAACCCGGUGCCAAUAGUCAGGCUACGUAGAGCUUUAUCGCAUGAAUCCAUCAUAUCGCUCUCCGGCGGCCUUGAUAUCCACACAUUAAAGUCUCGGCCGAGUCAGUUGACAAUCCGCCAUAUAGGUUCAGCCUCUUCUGUGACGGGGAGUAGUGAUGUUACGGCGCGGCCUAUGUUGUUACGCGAUAGCGCAAAGCGAAGUAGUACGCUCCUCCGCGAAAAUUAUUCCUUAUCGCCAGUAGGAAGUUUACAAUCCAUCUCGGACUCAUCCAUGCUAGGUUUCGGGUCGUCAAAACUUAGUAAAUGGGUUGGCUGGCGGCCAUGGGGUGGCGGCGGCGGUGGUGGAGAUAGUAGUUCUGCCGCGAGCAGCACAUCCGCAAAGACGGUCAGAGACAAUAGUCAAAAGUCGAGCGGUCGUCCUCCUGGUAUCAAUCAGCAGGGCGCGAUACCCGGGUUCUCGGAAUACUUGGCUGCGGCUCAACGAAGAGUGCCACCCCCUAAGAUCCGACCUGACGACGUGGAUCGCGAUGCGUUAAGGGAAGGGCUCGGAGGAUAACGACGUUGGCGUAUGCUUCCUUGGUCGACUUGUCCAGCCUGGAAUUCGAUUAUCGGGAUGCAGUGUCCCGUGUUUUCACUUGUACUAUACAUUAGACCUUGCAAGCCCUGGCUCCGAACACACUGUUCGGUUACUGUAUGCUAAACUGCAUACGUUGAUCGGAUGGGAUGCACUAUCCAAGCUACCUUUUCUUUUUUUUUUUCUUUUUUUUUUCUUUUAAUAUUUCUCUUUCGCACAUUUUGCAUCGCGGGGGAGUUAGUCAUUGUCAUAUUCAGGCGGGAGAAGACCGCAAAACCGAAAAGCAUAUAGGAUGGGAUUGUAUAACAUGGACAUAUGAUACCCCUGAGAACAGCCAGUCAGUUAGUUACUCGCCCGCUCUCCUCGUACUUUCUUUUGUCUGUCCAUAUUAUUAAGUAAUGUAAUGUUUGUUUGCUUGUCUGUUUUUUUUUUUCGCAGAUACAUUUUCUUGCCCUUGUACUGUAUAUCCCGCAUCGAGGGUGCUAGAUACGGUCUUUGGGAGGGAUGUAUGUACCUAUGUAUGUACAACCGGUUAGACAAGUAGUAAGACAGGAGUAUGGUGUGCAGAGAGAUUGGGGGGGAGAUAGGGGAAAUAAAUAGCAAGUAGUAGUAGCGUAUACUUGUUUUUUCGUCCGUCAGCCUGUAUACCUAAAUAUAUGGCUUUAUGAAAUUUCUAUAAA